AUGCAAAUGUGUCAAUACUGCAACACUGCAGGAUCCAGAGAUGAGCAUCACCACCCCAACGCUCUCUCCGACACCACCACCAUCCCCAUCGCAGAUGUCUCGCUCUGGGCGGUUGGAGCGGUCCAAUCUGUGCUCUGCUUUGAAGGCGCUCUGGAUGAAAAGAGGUUGAGGAAGGCUGUGGGGCUGUUGUCGGGUGUGUGGCCGACCUUGGCUGGACGGUAUGAGAGGUUGAGACUCACGUCUUCUCUUAUACCCUUCGAGACCCCAACCAUCGAAUCAGACCAGGCUUUCCCCGACAAACACGUCGUGCAGCCCACUCUCAGCCCCUUCCUCCCGCCCCUCGGCAAAAACUACCAUCUCCCCAAUACCGACGCCCACCUCUUCUCUGUCCGCCUCACCACCCUCCUCCCCAGCGGGAAAUCUGUCCUAGGCGUAGAGACGAGCCAUGUCUUUUAUCGACGGUGA